AUGGAGGGCCUAUUUUUCAACGUGAACGCUGGUUAUCUCGAGGGUAUUGUGCGAGGUUACAAGGCGGGCCUUUUGACACAGGGCCAGUAUGCCACCUUGACACAAUGCGAAACUUUGGAAGACUAUGGCAACUUUCUCGCCAACGAGCCGCUACCUAUUUCCACCUCAACUAUCUCGGAAAAGGCAACGCAAGUCAUGGUGGACCAGUUCCACUACUUGAGAAGCAACGCUGUAGCACCGCUCGACAAGUUUCUCGAUUACAUGACGUUCGUGGCCUUCUCAACUGACCACGUUGACCGGGAUACACACGAGUUGCUCGAGCGGUGUCAUCCCCUGGGUGUGUUUGACACGAUGCCGGCCUUGUGUGUCGCAACCAAUGUCGAAGAAUUGUAUCAAAGUGUCUUGGUAGAGACACCUCUGG